CGCUCCAUCUUCUUCCCCCCUCCGUCUACAGCUGUGGCAGUGAAAGCGGCCAGCAGCAGCAGCGGUUCACUCCAGCUCCGUUUACACCCGGAUACCCUUUAAAAUCCUCUCCGCUCCUGUUUCCGAGUGAACUUGAACACCAAUCAAAAUGACAGACUCAAAGUAUUUCACUACAAACAAAAAAGGAGAGAUAUUUGAACUGAAAGCUGAGUUAAACAAUGAGAAGAAGGAGAAGAGGAAGGAAGCGGUGAAAAAAGUCAUCGCUGCCAUGACCGUGGGCAAGGAUGUCAGCUCUUUGUUCCCGGAUGUGGUGAACUGCAUGCAGACUGAUAACUUGGAGCUGAAGAAACUGGUCUAUCUAUACCUGAUGAACUAUGCCAAGAGUCAGCCUGAUAUGGCCAUUAUGGCUGUCAACAGUUUUGUAAAGGAUUGUGAGGAUCCUAAUCCACUCAUUCGAGCCCUGGCUGUGCGCACCAUGGGCUGCAUUCGUGUGGAUAAGAUUACAGAAUACCUGUGUGAGCCUCUGAGGAAAUGUCUGAAGGAUGAAGACCCGUAUGUGAGGAAGACUGCUGCUGUGUGUGUGGCCAAGCUGCAUGACAUCAAUGCUCAGAUGGUGGAGGACCAGGGCUUCUUGGACUCCCUUAGGGACCUUAUUGCUGACUCUAACCCAAUGGUUGUGGCUAAUGCAGUGGCAGCACUGUCUGAGAUCAGCGAGUCUCACCCCAAUAGUAAUCUCCUGGACCUGAACCCCCAGAACAUCAACAAGCUGUUGACAGCCCUGAAUGAGUGCACUGAAUGGGGCCAGAUCUUCAUCCUGGAUUGCUUGUCUAACUACAAUCCUAAAGAUGAACGUGAAGCUCAGAGCAUCUGCGAGCGUGUGACCCCACGUCUCUCACAUGCCAACUCAGCUGUGGUGUUGUCAGCAGUGAAGGUCCUAAUGAAGUUCCUAGAGCUGCUGCCAAAAGAUUCUGAUUAUUACAACACCCUGCUGAAGAAGCUUUCUCCUCCUCUGGUCACACUGCUGUCUGGAGAGCCUGAGGUCCAGUAUGUGGCUCUAAGGAACAUCAACCUCAUUGUGCAGAAGAGGCCUGAAAUCCUGAAGCAAGAGAUCAAAGUAUUUUUUGUCAAAUACAACGAUCCCAUCUAUGUCAAACUGGAGAAAUUGGACAUCAUGAUUCGACUGGCCUCUCAGGCCAACAUUGCCCAGGUUCUGGCUGAGCUGAAAGAAUAUGCCACCGAGGUGGAUGUGGAUUUUGUCCGCAAGGCUGUGCGAGCCAUUGGACGCUGUGCCAUUAAAGUGGAGCAAUCCGCUGAGCGCUGCGUAAGCACUCUGCUGGACCUCAUCCAGACAAAGGUGAACUAUGUGGUACAGGAAGCCAUCGUGGUGAUUAGGGACAUUUUCCGCAAGUACCCUAACAAGUAUGAGAGUAUCAUUGCCACUCUGUGUGAGAACCUGGACUCUCUGGAUGAACCGGAUGCUCGUGCUGCCAUGAUCUGGAUUGUGGGUGAAUAUGCAGAGAGAAUUGACAAUGCUGAUGAGCUUCUGGAGAGUUUCCUGGAGGGCUUCCAUGAUGAGAGCACUCAGGUUCAACUGACCCUGCUGACUGCUAUAGUGAAGCUAUUCCUGAAAAAGCCUUCGGAGACACAGGAGCUGGUACAGCAAGUGCUCAGUCUGGCAACACAGGACUCUGAUAACCCUGACCUGCGUGAUCGUGGCUACAUCUACUGGCGUCUGCUCUCCACUGACCCGGUGACAGCCAAAGAGGUGGUGCUGUCUGAGAAGCCCCUGAUCUCUGAGGAGACAGACCUGAUCGAGCCCACUCUACUGGACGAGCUUAUCUGCCACAUUGGCUCACUGGCCUCCGUCUACCACAAACCCCCUAAUGCCUUUGUGGAGGGCAGUCACGGCAUCCACCGCAAGCACCUGCCCAUCCAGCAUGGCAGCAUUGACACUGGAGAGAGCCCGAUCAGCUCCGGCCCAGCCGCCCCCAUCGACCAGCCCCAGGUUAUCCCAUCUCAGGGUGACCUUCUGGGUGACCUGCUCAACCUCGACUUGGGCCCUCCAGUCAAUGUGCCCCAGGUGUCCUCCAUGCAGAUGGGUGCUGUGGACCUUCUAGGAGGAGGUCUAGACAGUCUGCUCGGGGGAGACCUUGGAGGAGGUGUUGGGGGAAGUCCUGCAGUUGGGCAGAAUUUCAUUCCGUCUUCAGUGCCCAACACAUUUGCUCCAUCACCAACCCCAGCAACGCUGAGCAGUGGACUUAAUGACCUGUUUGAGCUUUCCACAAGCAUGGCCAUCACUACAGGCGGUUAUGUGACACCUAAAGCUGUAUGGUUGCCGGCAGUCAAGGCCAAAGGGUUAGAAAUUUCUGGAACUUUCUCCCGCCGUCAGGGUCACAUGUAUAUGGACAUGACCUUCACCAACAAAGCCCUGCAGCACAUGACUGACUUUGCCAUUCAGUUCAAUAAGAACAGUUUCGGUGUGAUUCCUACAACACCUCUUCCCAUUCACACACCACUAAUGCCCAAUCAGAGCAUCGACAUCUCCCUGCCUCUCAACACCAUUGGGCCAGUUAUGAAGAUGGACCCACUUAACAACCUCCAGGUGGCUGUGAAAAACAGCAUUGACGUAUUUUACUUCAGCAUUCUGAUCCCACUUAACGUCUUCUUUGUUGAAGAUGGCAAAAUGGAGCGCCAGGUGUUCCUAGCCACAUGGAAAGACAUUCCGAACGAGAAUGAACUGCAGUACCAAAUCAAGGAGUGCCACUUAAAUGCUGACACGGUGUCAGGCAAGCUGCAGAAUAACAACAUCUACACCAUCGCCAAGCGCAACGUAGAGGGCCAAGACAUGCUGUACCAGUCCCUGAAACUCACCAACGGCAUCUGGAUUCUCGCCGAGCUCCGCAUUCAACCCGGCAAUCCCAACUAUACGCUCUCUCUGAAGUGCAGGGCUCCAGAGGUUUCUCAGUACGUGUACCAGAUGUAUGAUGCCGUGCUGAAGAAUUGAAUCCUCUCUCCAUUCCUCCAGCACUUCAUCCUGUAAUCAUUCCUGCGGUACAAGAAUACACCUCCUCCCCAUUUUCCACUAUUUCCAAAUGCAUCUGUUGGGAUUCACCUUUUUUCCGUCAGUGCCCCAGAAGUAUCCACAAGCAUUCUGCUCGAGUGUCUUUGUGUCGUGGAUGAAGUGUAGAUGGUGCAUUGUGCCUCUUCCACUGCAUUUAUUGUCCCUGCCGUUAUAAAACAUGUAUGAGUCUUACUUCUAUUGCUUAUGCUUGUAUGUGAUGUGUAUUUGCUGAACUUGCCCAUUCCAAUGGUAAAGAAAGAUAUAUAAAAAUAAUCUGUGUGCUGAGCUGAUGGUGUUUCAGGGGCCAUACCGUUUUUCACUUGGAUCUUUUUGAGUUUUAUAUUUUCAGGCAGAAUCAGAGCUGCCAGAACACAGGAAACACACAACACACUUUUUUGGAACCAGCAUGACCUUUGUAGCUAACGGGAGGCAGGAGAGAAAGAAGGAUGCAGUGCAGAGUGUAGCCAGAGUUGGAUUUGUUUUUAGAUGCCAUAAAAAGCUAAUGCUGUCUUUUUUUUACAGUCGCCACUCCAGAACCACUAUAUUCAGUAGCUCUAAAGGCCAGCGCACACUUGACUCAACAAACACCAACAUUCUGUUCCUGACAGUUUUGGUAUUGUUGGAUAGGUAGAAUAGGGGAAGAACAUUCUAGAACUGAUUGAAUGAGUAGAGGGCAUUCUAGAACAGAGUGAAUGAGGGGAAUUUUAGAACCAAGUGAAUAGAGAAGGACAUUCUAGAACAGUGCAAAAUGAUUUUGAGGACAUUCUAAAACUGAGAGAAUGAGACACAUGCAUUCUAAAACUGAGAGAAUAAAACAAGCACAUUCUAGAACUCAGAAUAAGAGGGAAUUCUAGAAAUAAAUGAAUUUAUGUAAGCAUUCUAGAACUGAGAGAAUGACUGACUUGAUUAUAGAACUGAUUGAAUAUUGGGAUCUGAAUAAAUGGAGGGGGCAUUCUAGAAAUGAUCAAAUCAAGGGAGUUGUUCUUGAGUUAAGUGUAUUAUGAGAGAGAAUUCUAAAACUAAGUAAAUGAAAUUCUAGAACAAUCUAACUGGAAAUGGACAUUCUAGCGUGAACAGAGGGACAUUCUGUUCUAGAACAGUGUGAAUGAACUUCAGGGCUUCUAGAACAGUGUGAAUGAGAAAAGGAUAUGCUAGGACAGAUUAAAGUAAAAUAGAAUAUUUCAGAACUGAGGAAAUUCUAGAGCAUCAUAUAAAACAGAGGGUACUCUCUGUAUCUUUCAGCAGUUUCUAAUAGUGUUCGGUUUUGUUGGUGAUUGUUGGGUUUGGGUGAUCUGGUCUAGGAUUAUUGUGCCAUUGUUGAGAUUUCGCCUUUUCGUUUUUUCACCAUUCUUUUUUUUUUUGCCUUGUGUCGUUUUAUGUCACCCUCAUUUAAUUGUGAAAAACUGUGAAGCAGUACAUUGCCAAUUGUUUGGGUAAAGAAAUGAGCUUUGCAUGCCUUGGCCUAUUCCUAUAAUAAUGACACGUGUAUUCAUGUUUAUUAAUAUUGUGUAUUAUUCUGCCUCCUGAACAUGACCACACUCCACAUUCACUCCGUUGCCAUAAAUCAGCGACGAGUCAUCAGUAAUGGCAGUGUGUAGAUGUUACCGGGAACACUUUUGGUUGUGUCUGUUCAUUCCAGACUGAAUGCACGUAUCCGUGUAUGACAUUUUGGGCCCAAUUAGUCAGUUAGACUCAUCCUACCCUGUCACCACAUAGCUGUAUGGUCUUGUGCAGUGAUGUGUACUGUGAUUAUAUAGAUUAGCCUCUCUCUCGGGUUAUACCAUCUAUCAUCUAUGGAUAUUAAAAGCUCUUCAGUAGUAGCAUAUGUUGUACUUGCAAUUGCAGUCGCAAUGGAGGGAACAAAAGUGUCAAACACACAACUGUGCCAGCUGUUUAGGUGUUUAAUAAUAACUGUUGAGACAUUUGACUUUUUGAGGUUUUUAAAGGAACCAUGCUCAUUAGUGUGUAUGUAAUGGUAGUAGGAAGAAAUGUGACCUCCAUUUUUUGUUGCCAGAAAUGUUUGUGCCUGUGAUGAUGCAUGUAGGCCAAAAAACACUUUUCACAACUUUUCAAAAAUACUCCACUAUCUUUGAAUCUUUGAGCCAUAUAUAUCUUAAAAAACAUAAAAUAAUUCAUUAAGACUGUAUGGGACCUCCUUGCAUUUCUGCAGUACCAGUGUGUGUGUGUUGGUGUAGAGCUGAAUGAAUAAAAUGUGCUUCAGUACUAAACAUAAUGUAACCUCGCCAGUCAAAAAACACAAUAAAAGUACAUCACUGCUGAUGAAAUUGCUUAUUUCAGAAGACAUUUCUCCAGAUGUGUGUUUAGAUGCUAAUAUUUCAAAUAGAGGCCUGCCUUUGUGUUCUCUUUUGUCCUUCUCCCAUUAUAGAACAGCCCUGUUUCUCCUGCCAGACCUAAAGCCUCAGUCAUUCCUCCCUCCUUUUGUUAUCCCUUCUUACUACCAAUGUUUUACUUCAUGUAUUUUUCAUUUUCAAUAAAAUCGUCCCUGACCGUA